ACAUUUCAAAACACUUUAUUCAUUUCUACAAAUAUAUCGUUAUCCCUCUCAAAACAAGCUAAAAACCUUCUCUUUUGAACCUAAAAUUGUUUGCUAUAGGAUUAUAAAAGCUUCUUUGCUUCGUUUCUAUCACUUAUUUUUUCUCCGAUCGACUGGGAAAUUCUUUGAAAUAUUCGGAGGGCGUAUACCUGGGAGUGUCGUAGGAUUGGACCACUUAAGGUGUCAGGUUCGCUGGUAAAUGGAGAACCUAGUGACGUUAUUAAUUACCCUGAAUUUUAUUCAAACUUGAACAAACUCUCUUUCAUUUACCUAAAUUUAUUUGCAUUCGCAAAUAAAGCGUUAGUUUACAUUAUUGGCUGCACAUCAUCUUUGCACUAAAUGCACUUGGUUCAAAAACCUUUACCAGUAAUUGCGAAUAAUAAUGAUUAACAUAUGAAUGAGGCUUUAUCAUAGAGAAUGUUCGUUUUCAAGUGUUGUCGUCAGUGGUCUGUACGACAGCAGCGAAAGAAAUUUUGACAAUGAAACGACCUGUGCUGGUUUAUGCUUUACUGACAUUUAUUUUUAACAGUCGUUGUUGCUGGACUGCUAAGAUAAUCUUCCUUUAUUAUCCAUCAUACAGUCAUCAUGUUGGACCAGUGAAUGUAGCAAAACUCCUAAAAGACCAAGGUCACGAAGUGCUUGUGGCCGUUCCACCGCAAUUACAACCGAGCCUCGAAGACAAAGGAGUGAAAUUAUUACUUUACCACGGUCUAGGAGAUUUCUCGGAGCGACACAUGGGUACAAAUAUCAUUCUGAGGAACUAUUUCGAAGGAAAGAACACAGCUAGCAGCGAUGCUAUCGUCGCACUCACGAAUGUCACCACCAAAAUCAUGAAAGAUGCAACAUUUCUGGAAGAUAUCAAGAAUUUUCAUCCAGAUUUAAUGGUAUUAGAUUCUGCACCUAUAUCCGCCAUGCUGACCUACAUCUCAUACAAACUGGACAUUCCGUUUAUAUUCAUUGGCCUGUUCUUUAUACCACAAUAUGCCAGAAGUCCAAUUCUACCAUCCGUCAUACCAAACGAAAUGUACCCGGUCAUUUCAUACACAGACCAUAUGACAUUCCAGCAACGUUUAAUCAAUACGUUUUUAGAGCUGUUGACCUACUGGUUCAACCCGCUCGUAAACACCACGUUUGUCCGUGAAUAUCUCGCAGAAAAGCCAUACAUUUCAUUACGUGAUCUGCAAGCCAAAUCACCGCUGUGGCUAAUCCAGCAUCACGGUGUGCUAGAUUACAACCAACCUAUCUCCCCAAACGUAAAACGUGUCGGGGGUCUGCUACCACGCACGGCAAGACCUCUUUCCCCAGAAUUUCAAAGCUUUAUGGAUGACGCUAGAGAAGGUGUGAUUCUAGUUGCAUUUGGUUCGGUAUUAAAAGCGAUUCCAGCUGAAAUCUUGAACAAAUUUCUGAAAGCGUUUGAGCAAACACAGUAUAAAUACAUACUUCAGGUGUCCUCGCCCGGCAGAAGGCAGUCAGAUAAAUUCAUGUUUAAACCAUGGAUACCUCAGUACGAUUUACUGCACAAUGAAAGAACAAAACUCUUUGUAACCCAUUGCGGAUUAAAUAGUUUACACGAGGCAAUGCUAGCCGGAGUGCCAAUGCUUGGAUUUCCUGUAUUCUCAGAUCAACCACAAAACGCUGGGAAGUUAGUCCGUAAAGGUUUUGGCCUGAGACUGGAUUUGAGGUCGUUCAAAGUGCAAGAGUUAGUUUCAGCCAUCACCGAAGUUGUCAACAAUCGUUCGUAUAAAGAUAACGUACAAAAAGCGUCAGCGAUUUUGAAAUCUGAGAGGAUGAGUUCGGUUGAGGAAGCAGGGUUCUGGAUUAACCACGUUCUAGCAUUUGGUGGAGAUCAUUUGAGAUCUCACGCGCAAGACAUUCCGUUUUGGAAAUACUUUGGCUUGGAUAUUUUUCUGUUUUGUUUCCUGCUUUGGCACGUAUUUUUAUUUCUCAUGAUUAAUGUACUGAGAUUUCUCUUUUCUUACUUAUACAGACGAACAAAAAAGCAUAAAAGAGAUUAAAAUCACUUAGUUAUAAUGUCAU